AUGGCCUCCUGGAGCCCGUCUAAUUUCGGCGAGGCCAAAUCAGCGGCCUUGACGCUUCUACGGCAGGUCUAUCACCACCGGCCGCGAUCCCAGCGAGCCAAGGCGAUCGCCAUCUCUGCCCUUGCGUUUUUCUUCUUCCUGUAUAUGUUCUCGUCAUCGUCAAGGCAACCCGAUCCCGCAUUCUGGACCAAGUUCCCAUCGCGCCACCCUUUCCCUGAGAUCCCGGAAGAUGCGCAGGUCGUUCUUCCUCAAAAGUCAGACAUUUCGAUUAAAGAUACUCUCCCGCACGACCUGGAGAAGACCAACCCGCACCUCCAUGUCCUCGUCCCGGCCCCGAAGAACCCCUUUCUCCCCUCGCAAGCUCGCGGUGUCUGUCGAACGUUGACAUCUGCCAUGAUUCUGGGAUAUCCGCCUCCAACAUUGCUCGGAUACGGACACGAAAAGCCCGGUGAGACGGAGUUCGAGCGCAUGGUUGACCGGAUCACCCGAGUGCGAAAUUAUCUCAAGAACAGCAAAACCAUCAAGGAUCAAGACUUUGUGUUGGUUGUAGAUGCUCUGGAUGUGUUCUUCCAGCUACCUCCGCAGAUUCUGGUUGAACGGUUCCAGGAUAUACUGCGCACGAAUAACCAGAAAUUACGGAGGAAAUAUGGUUUCGCCGAAGUUCAGAGCACUCCGGGUGCUCCAGCGGAGCUGGUGCAGAAGUACUCUCAGCGGGUUCUUUUCGGUGCCAGUAAAAUAUGCUAUAGAGGCUUGGAAAAUGAUCCCGGCUGCAUCUCCGUUCCCGAGUCUUCUCUCCCUCCGGAUGUGUAUGGAUGGAAGACGGAUAUAUUCCAUGAUGGAACUUUGAACCGGCCUCGAUGGUUGAACCCGGGAGCCGUAAUUGGCCAGGCUGCUGAUCUGAGACUUAUCUAUGACGAGGUCCUUCGGGUGAUUGAUCAGCACCAUAAGAAGCAUGGUGACUACCAGGCUCUCACGCAAAUAUUUGGACGACAGGAAGUGGUGAGAGAACUGGAGCGACGCCGUACCGCCAAUUGGGCCAAGGAAUGGGUCUACGAUCUCCUGGGCAUCGGAGAUGCUGUCAACAUCACAGGCAUUACUUUGCGACUCGAGACAGGACAUCGCUACGAGUACGGCAUUGGCGUGGACUACGAAUCCAAGCUAUUCUUCAAUCAGAUCAUGUCCAGAAAUGAUGUUGAAUGGCUCAAGUACAACAACGUCACCAAAUCCGAGCGUCUGCAGAUGGAGAUGGCUGUUCCUCGCGAGUCUCGUCUUCUCCUUCCGGACGAUAUUGCGGCUCUCCCAGGUCCCUUCAACCAAUCCCGAUUUGCCAAACAGCAAACGACACACCCUACUUGGGACGCUACUCUCGACAAGCUGCCCAAUUCAGAGACCCACUCCUGGCACAGCGUGCCUCUAAUGACCAACGGCCACUCUGCCACCAUCCCGGUCCUCGCACAUCUCAACGGGGACCCGAAACUCCGCGAUACAUGGUGGCAGAAGAUGUGGUUCUUCCCCUGGGCACGCGCCCUACUCCGGAGAUACGUCCGUUCCGCACGCGGCUUCGACGCCGCGCAAUCUGCGCUUCUGGGUGGCCAAGAAUGGUGGGACAUGCGCGGCGGACAUGGCGGGAUCUGGACCGACGACGAGAACUGGAUUACCCUCUCUGAUAUCUGUGAAGGCCAGGAACGAGACCUCUUUGAUGAUGACUUGGGCCCUUGGGCGAAAGAAAACGGUGAUCCGGACAAGCCGGUCUAUAACCAAUGGGGGAACCUAAUCUAUGGAAAAGAGCCCGAAGAGGAGGUUAAAAAACCUUAG